UCCUGGCGAGUAAUCCGAUUGGACAGAUAGGCGCUUUCACGGCAGCUCAGCCCCGCUGCCUGUGUGUGGUAACCGGGCUAAACUGGACAACCGAGAGGGAGAUGGUGGAGAGCACCAUGUUUUAAACAGUCUCCUUUUUUUGGGCGUAUUUCGGAGAUACAUUCCCGCUUUUCUUUCGGGGGAUUACAGCGGACACAUUCCGUGGAGGUUCGCGGCUUGAAGGAGAAAAGUAGUUUUUGUUCUAGCCCCGACCGCACCGCCACCACCGCCGUGUUCUUUGCCCACUGCUGCCUUCGCGGUGCGGCUCCGGAAAGAUGAUGCUCUACUACGAUCUCGUUUGGACGGAUUAAAAGACUGCUUUCUCUUCUUCGGCUAUUCACGACCUCUCCUGCACCAACAACAAGCCCCUUGCCUGCUCCUUUUUUUCUACCAUUUUGUCAAAGGACCUGCAGAAAUAAACAAAGGGUUCUUUUUUUCUCAAGAUGUAUCCACAAGGCCGACAUCCGGCUCCUCAUCAGCCCGGCCAGCCUGGCUUCAAAUUCACCGUAGCUGAAUCUUGUGACAGAAUUAAAGAUGAAUUCCAGUUCCUGCAAGCCCAGUAUCACAGUCUUAAGGUGGAGUAUGACAAGCUGGCCAAUGAGAAGACAGAGAUGCAGCGCCACUAUGUCAUGUACUAUGAGAUGUCUUAUGGGCUCAACAUUGAGAUGCACAAACAGACGGAGAUUGCCAAACGGCUCAAUGCUAUUUUAGCUCAAAUUAUGCCUUUCCUGUCACAAGAGCACCAACAGCAGGUUGCUCAGGCAGUGGAGCGGGCAAAGCAGGUCACUAUGACUGAGCUGAAUGCCAUCAUCGGGGUACGUGGACUUCCCAAUCUGCCUCUCACCCAGCAGCAACUCCAGGCACAACACCUCUCUCAUGCUGCUCACGGGCCCCCCGUCCAGCUGCCCCCGCACCCCUCCGGCCUGCAACCGCCUGGCAUCCCUCCCGUCACGGGCGCGGGAUCCGGCCUGCUCGCGCUCGGAGCACUGGGCAGCCAAGCCCACCUCCCAGUGAAGGAUGAGAAGAACCACCAUGAUCUGGAACACAGAGAGAGCACGAAUAACUCAAUAUCGCCGUCAGAAAGCUUACGCACAGCCAGCGAGAAGCACCGCAGCUCCUCCGACUACAGUUUGGACUCCAAGAAGCGCAAAGUGGAGGAGAAGGAUAGCAUGAGCAGAUAUGACAGUGAUGGAGAGAAAAGUGAUGACCUCGUGGUAGAUGUGUCUAAUGAGGAUCCUGCCACGCCCCGAGCCAGCCCAGCACACUCGCCGCCUGAAAAUGGCAUUGAUAAGCCCCGACCCCCAAAGAAAGACACGCCCAACAGCCCGGCAUCGGUGGCAUCCUCUGGAAGCACCCCAUCCUCCAAGGCCAAGGAGCUCAGUCAUAAUGACAAAUCCUCCACGCCUGGCCUCAAGUCCAACACCCCCACCCCGCGCAACGAUGCCCCCACCCCUGGCACCAGCUCCACUCCUGGGCUCAGACCCAUCCUGGGCAAACCACCAGGCAUGGAGGCUCUCGCAGCCCCAGCCCUGCGUACACCUCUGUCCAUCGCAGGCUCCUACCCGACUCCCUUUGCAAUGAUGGGCCAUCACGAAAUCAAUGGAGGCCUGACUAGUCCUGGUGUCUAUGCUGGUCUGCACAUCUCCCCUCAGAUGAGUGCUGCAGCUGCUGCAGCCUAUGGACGCGCUCCCAUGGGAUUUGAUCCUCACAGCCACAUGAGAGCCCCUGGCCUUCCAGCAAGCCUCACGUCCAUCUCGGGAGGUAAACCGGCUUACUCUUUCCACGUGAGCGCAGACGGCCAGAUGCAGCCCGUACCUUUCCCACCCGACGCCCUGAUUGGCCCUGGUAUCCCCCGCCACGCCCGUCAGAUCAACACGUUGAGUCACGGCGAGGUGGUGUGUGCCGUAACCAUUAGCAACCCCACACGCCACGUCUACACCGGCGGCAAAGGCUGUGUCAAAAUCUGGGAUAUCAGCCAACCUGGCAGCAAAAGUCCCGUGUCCCAACUGGACUGUCUGAACAGGGAUAACUACAUCCGCUCCUGUAAGCUGCUGCCUGAUGGCCGCACAUUGAUUGUAGGAGGCGAGGCCAGCACGCUGACCAUCUGGGAUCUGGCCUCUCAGACGCCUCGCAUCAAAGCCGAGCUCACCUCCUCGGCGCCGGCGUGCUACGCCUUGGCCAUCAGCCCUGAUGCCAAAGUCUGCUUCUCCUGCUGCAGUGAUGGAAACAUUGCCGUGUGGGACCUCCACAACCAGACUCUUGUCAGGCAGUUCCAGGGUCACACAGACGGUGCUAGUUGCAUUGAUAUUUCCCAUGAUGGUACUAAACUGUGGACAGGCGGGCUUGACAACACGGUUCGCUCCUGGGAUCUAAGGGAGGGUCGACAGCUACAGCAGCACGACUUCACAUCACAGAUCUUCUCGCUGGGUUACUGUCCGACUGGGGAGUGGUUAGCUGUGGGCAUGGAGAGCAGUAACGUGGAAGUGCUACACCACUCCAAACCGGACAAGUAUCAGCUGCACCUCCACGAGAGCUGCGUCCUCUCGCUCAAGUUUGCCUACUGUGGGAAAUGGUUUGUAAGCACUGGGAAAGACAACUUGUUGAAUGCUUGGAGGACUCCCUACGGAGCCAGCAUAUUCCAGUCCAAGGAGUCCUCAUCUGUCCUGAGCUGUGACAUCUCCACGGAUGACAAGUACAUCGUGACAGGCUCCGGUGACAAGAAAGCUACAGUGUACGAAGUGAUCUACUAAGAAUGGAGCGUUGUCUUCUCCCUCCAUCCCUCCAUGGACACACCCUCUCACAGACUGCAUGGACGUUGCCUGCAGCUCCGGAAAUGGAUUUGCCAGGAAGUUGGGCAGUGCCGGACUGAGAUGAUGGAUGUUUAUGUUGUACCUGGAUGUUGUGACCUUCGGCUCUGCACUUCCUCACUCAUCCAACUAACACUUGUACAGCGAGAACAGUUCCCAAAGGCACCACGAAGGAUAUAAUGGCUUGCUGGGCUUUUUUCUUUUUUUUUUUUUUUUCUGUUUGCUGGAUUUUUUUUUUUUUAAGUCGUCCUUUCUGAUGUGGAAAUAAAGUUCCAUGACACAACUAGAAGCAGUGCUUCGCUGUGGAGUUUCUUCUCGGAGGUCCUGUGAAAAGUGUACAUAGUGGAGUUAAAAAAGGCCUUUUAUAGAUUUAUAUUUUGGUGUCCAAUUACGCUUGUGAUGGUUCUUUCUUGUUCAGUGAUUUUCUGUCCCCUCUGGGAAUGAAAAUUAGAUUAGAACUUUGUAAGCGGAUAUUCUAUUUCCUUUUUACCCCCCUCCUCUGCUUUUUUCACAUUGGUUGUGGUGGAUGACCUUUUCAGAAAUCUAAUUUGGAUUUUUUUUCCCCCCCUUCGUCUCCUGAAAACAGCCUUUUUCUCCUUCACUGGAAUUUGCUUUAACACAGAACACAGAUGGUUGACCCGUGGAAUUUAGCAGUGGAUAAUUGUAAAAAUGCUUGACAAAAAUCUCUUUUUGUCUGACUGGAAGGAGGAAAAUGGCGGCCUGUGACUCAACAGCUUAAUGAAGACCUUACCCUGGACUCUGGCUGCUUUCAAUAACAUGGAAAUGGAUUUCUAUCUACUGAAAGACUGAUGGCUUUUAUGGAGAAGCAGCUGUGACUUGAUUUCACCCUGUUGAUGUGACGCUUCAUUGCCUCGUUGGACAAAGUCAUCAGUCUCAAUGGCCUCUCUCUCUUUCUCUAACGCUGUUUGUGACUGAUAUGCAAGUCUUAUGGUGGCAGGUAAAAGCCAUCAGCACAUACAACUUUAUGGGAAAGCUCUGCUUGCUUUCCUCUGUGUUUCAUAAUAUUCCACUACAACCUGCUCGUGGAGGGGAACGGACUGUGUGUAAACACAUUAGACUUGUCGCGAUCAUGUGUCGUCAUCCUUGAGGAUUGUACAGUUGGCAGUUGUUGAUGACUCAAUAGACUGUUUUUAUAUUAAAAAAAGAACAUACUGCUUUUGCUGCUGAGUGAAUUGAGUGGGUAUAGAUUUUUACUCGUGGGUGGGGUGACUGGAUUUCUACAACAUUUUUCUGCAAUGAUAACAUUUUAUUUCAUAAGGUGAUUAUUACGGGCUGUACGGCGGUACAAGUGGUUAGCGCGCAGGACACACAGCUAGGAGACCUGAGUUCGAUUCCACCCUUGGCCAUCUCUGUGU